GACGAAGCACGAACUGCUCAAUCGUGCAAAAGGGGCGACUGCUCCGGUCUUUCGAACUCUGCACAGCCUCUUCUUCUCCUUCUCGUCACUCGUUCAGUUGUUUGGCCCCAACCAAGGAAAGACGCGAUCGAAGCCAGCAAGAAUCAGAGCUGUCGCACACUCACUCAUCUUCCCGCUGCAAUUCCCACCGCCAGUCUUGCCGAACACCAUUUCGACGACAAAAGACCUCAAUAUCAAAAUCCAUCAAAAUGAGCCACACACACGAUAUGGACAUGGACAUGGGCUCCGGCACAAGUUCCGGCGCCAGCGGGCACGGCAUGAUGGCCGUCUUCCAAAACUCGAUGGCCACAUCCCUCUACUCGGAAGCCUGGACGCCCAAGACAACCGGCACCUACGCAGCCACGUGCAUCUUCCUCAUUGUCUUCUCCGCCAUCUUCCGCGGUCUGUUGGCCCUUCGCAACUGGCAGGAGAACAGAUGGAUCGACGCCGAGAUGAAGCGCCGCUACGUCGUUGUUGCCGGACGAGGAACGCUGGCCGAAAGGGUCAGCAAUGAUUCACUGGCGAAGCCCAUGGUGCUGAGCGGCAACGGCGUCGAGGAGAACGUCACGGUCGUUCAGAGGCAUGGAGCGGAAGGGCGCCCGUUCAGGUUGAGCGUAGAUCCGAUUCGUGCGGUGCUUGAUACGGUUAUUGCUGGGGUCGGUUAUCUUCUCAUGUUGGCGGUCAUGACCAUGAAUGUCGGAUACUUCAUCUCGGUGCUCGGCGGGGUCUUCAUCGGCAGUCUUCUAUGCGGCCGCUACGCGACACAGACGGGUCACUAACGUGGCCUGUCGAUAUGAAUUUCUGGUUUUUUUCUUGUUUUUUUUUGGGCAUGGGAGUUUAGCAUUUGAUCGGCAUUUCAUCGGUUUGCGGUUGUCUAUUUUCUAUGGAGUUCGGAGGGGGGUAAUCUGGUCAGAAUUGGAGGUCAUGAAAACGGUUUGGCAUAGCUCGUGGAAACACGGUCAACAGGACGACAACUGCCUAGAACUAAUCACAGGAGUCAUAAUAGGCAUCAACACGAUCGCCAGCGCUCAUUGUCCA